AUGAAGGUCUUCGUUUGUUGUCUACUGGCCACGUUGGGCGUCUGUAAUGCCACCUUUCUGUCGCUUCUGGGCGGAGGAGGAGGAGGAGCUGGAGGCGGCGGCGGUGCUGGCGGCACCACCUAUAAUGUGAUAGCGACACCAACUAGUAUUGGUGGAGGCGGAGGUGCUCACGGAAAUGGGCAUGUCUAUGCACAUGGAGGAGGCGGCGGCGGCGGCGGUGGAUCUUAUAACCAUGGACAUGCUUAUGGACAUGGUGGCGGCGGCGGUGGCUCAACGCAGCUUAUCAAGGUCAUUCUGGAAGAUGGACACGGAUACGGCAAUGGCGGCGGCGCUGCAGGCGGACACAGUUAUGGACAUGGCUAUGCCAGCGGUCACAGUCACGGCUCCUAUGGCGAGCAGGUGUACAAGGUGAUCGAGCACGCAGCACCAGCUGCGCCGGUGGCCUAUCAUGCGAACAGCGGCGGCUCUGACUACUCUUACGGCCAAUCCUAUGCAGCUGGUCAUGGCUAUGGCGGAGGUGACGCCUCCUACCACAACCAGCAGCUGAAAGCAAUUCUGCCCCAGAUCAUACAGCUGGUGCUGCAGGAGGAUUCACUGUACGGUGGUGGCGGCGGCUAUGGCAAUGUGGAUGCCAUUAAUAGCCAGCUGAUUGACACCUUCGGCCACCGGGGCAAAGCCAUUAUAAUGCGCGCGGAUAAAGCGCAGGGUGCCUUCUUCAAGAGCGGCCAUGUCGUGCAACGCGGCACGCUCAAAGUGAUGCGCGUCGAGGAGAAUCAGGCUGGUGGUGUCUCAAGCGCUGGCUGGAGCAAGGGCGGAGCCUCAGGCGGCGGCGGCGGUGGCUGGAGCAGCGGUGGUUCCGCAGGCGGCGGUUGGAGCAGCGCUCAGCCCGCCGGCUGGUAG